AUGAACAUGAGCUUCAAAUAUCUUCAGUUGUUAUUAGUACUGACACUAUCAAUAACGUCCGCAAUCAAGGCAAAUCAACAUGACAAUAGCGAAAAUAUUGAAGACGACGUGAUUGACAGUCAGAUCGCAGACCCACCAAUUGUUGCAACAAAUCUAUCAGCACAUGAACUAUUUGACGCUUUUAAAAGUUUACAUACAUCGUUGUUCAGUUCCAAUGAAGCGGAUUCAGACAAUAGCGAAAAUAUUGAAGACGACGUGAUUGACAGUCAGAUCGCAGACCCACCAAUUGUUGCGACAGAUGAACCAUCACAAGGAUUGGUAUCCGACUUUUUCCAAUGGCUUUUCUCGUUGUUCAGUUCCAAUGAAGCGGAUUCAGGCAACUCCGGUAGUCAUCCGUGAAAAUAAUGGGUCGCAAAGUGUAACAAACAAAGUAUGCAAUUAGCUUAUCUGUAGUAGUGAAGAUUAGUUUAGGUAGAUUAGAUUAGUAACCAAAUAUACAUUUACGUGC